AGUCCGACAGCUAUCUUCAAGGAGUGCAUGAGGACUUCCGUUUCAGGACGGUGUUCUUGCAAUAUGGACAAUAUGUUUUUAUGACUGAUUCGGUAUUAAAGAAAUUUCAGUGACUGGUGAACGAGUUUAGGUUAAUUUGUUGUGUUAACUCUUCUUUGGUGUGUUUCUUUCGAACACUUGUAUACGGUUUGUUGAACAUUUUCGAGACGCGUCAGCAGAAUUUGUGACAUUAUCUGGCCAGUUACUAGUUAUUUUAAAUUAAGAUUUAUAAAUUUCAACAAAAACUUAUUAGUUAUAACAGCAAAGAAUAAUAAUCCGUUUUCGCAAUAAUUUAAACAAAAAAAAUUGAAUCGAAAUUGACUUUGGAUACAUAUAUCUUUACAAAGGCUGUAAUGAUGUUGGUUUGAGUUUUCUUGGAUCUAUUCAUGCCCGAAGAACUGGUUUUAUUAGACAAACCUCUCUUUAAUCAGGGAGCUCAUCUGAAGUUUUGGUUCAUUCGUAUCUCACCAACUCGUCUCAAGGUUUCGAAUACAUCAUGGCAUAAGACAUUUUCGAGAAGCAUAUUGUCUCAGAUUUUGGCUACAAUUUGAUCAAAUAUCCCGUUUUAAGACAAGCAACGAAUACUAAGAAGAUACAUUUAGUGUAAUCAAAAAUAAUUGAUGGAACUCAAGGAAACUGUGAUAAUGGAUUUAACAGGAACAUUAACUAGUGAAGAAAUAAAAACGGACUUUUUCGAUUUCGUUGUGCCUUCCGACUCGAACGAUAAUCAGUGCAUUCAACAAUUUUCGAAACAAAUGCGUAACAUAAACCCAUUUUUAGAAAGUUUAGAAGAUUCUAAAGAAACUAACAAUAACACAAUGUUAAUAACCGAAUUACCAGAUAGUUUGAACGAUGGCUUCGAACCGACUUUAUGGAACGUAAAAGACACUGUUAAAAUAGAAACCGCCUUGUUAGAAGAUUUAAAUAAAUAUUGUUGGAUGUCCACUACGAACGAGGUAGAACAAUUAAGUCCAGAAAAGACUAAUAACACUGAUGAACAAAUCUACACCCUGACAGUAUUAAAUGGAGUUGACCAAAGUGCUACGUGGUACCGUUUACCGAAAGAGGAUGAAUCAAUGUCGAGUCCAAGUUCUAUGGAACAAUUGCAAGUUGGAAUUGAUAUAGACUCAAUACUAAGUGUUAUGCCUAGCGGUCAAAUAAACAAUUAUAAUAAUUUCAACGAAAAUAACGUUACAACGAAUACAGAUGGUCUCAUUAAAUCCGAAACGUACACUUACGAUGAAAACAAAGAUGAAAUAACCAACGCUCUUAUAGUCGGUAGUCCCAUGUUAGAAUCUCAAGAUAGUUUCGAAAAUAACAACAACGAUUGGAAAGUAUCGAACAAUAAUAAUAAUAAUGAAAAAGAAUCACCUGAUUCUCUCCUGAGGAGCGCCCUUCAAGGAAAAGCGUAUAUACGAUAUAACGGUACUUUCAAACCCCUACAACAAAAAUCCCCCCAAAACGAUAAUAACAACGUAGAACUAAGGAAAGUUCUAUCCACACCCCCAUCGAAAACCGAAACAGUAUUUCUCAAAGACGACCAGCAAGAUAAGAUACCCACCAUAGUAGCUGGAAUAGACGCCAAUGGAAAAAUAAUUUUUGAAGAGCAUAUAGUAGGUAAAGUGGUUCGAGAAACUGAGAACUCAACCAACUCCCAGAACGUCGACGAUCUCCUUCUGAGCCAAUUGGACCAUUCGUAUCCCGAAGACUUCGAAAAAUUGAAGAGAAUCGAAAACGAAGUCGCUGAAUCCGUUCACCAAUAUUGCCAGCUGGAUACUUCGGGCGAAAAUAGUAUUACUUCCGUUGGAGGUGAACAAAUAGGGCUGUUGUAUAUAAAUACGCCGAUUCAAACCACCACACCGACGGUAUUGAGUACGAAGCCUACUAAGAAGUAUAAGAGACAAAACAGCGGUAGUAAAUCGCAAGCAACUGUUCAAAGUGCUACUCCAAACAACGUAGUGAGAAAGGAAAGGUCUUUACAUUAUUGUAAUAUUUGUUCUAAGGGUUUCAAAGAUAAAUAUUCUGUCAAUGUUCACAUCAGAACGCAUACGGGCGAAAAACCCUUUGCGUGUAGUCUAUGUGGUAAGAGUUUUAGGCAAAAGGCUCACCUGGCUAAACAUUACCAGACUCAUAUAGCGCAGAAGAACGCUGUAGCGGCAGGUAAUGUUACCACAGUAAAAGGUAAAUCAAGGUAGCUUUUUAUUCAUUUUGUUGUUUAUUCAUGUUGUGUUGUUUUGCAUUUCAAGUAUUAUAUGUCUCUCAAAUAAUUCAUUAUUUCAUAAAUAUCAAAAUACACCAUCAUCAAGAAUAGACGUUAUAUAUAUUAAUUAAAAAAAAAUAUUUACUCCGCCAAUGAUUUAUUCAAAGUAUCUGUUCGUUUACAACAGGUAAGAUCUUUACGUAUACAAAUGAAAAUUAUAAACGUGUUAUUUAAACAAUCUGUUUGCAAAUAUUCUUGUUCUUUCCAUGAAUACGCAAUACAGUUUUUAAUAUGACAAGGGUCAAUAUUCACGUGUACGAGGCUUCUGUAUAAAAAACUUCAAUUUGGUUUUUAAUACGAAUUAUUUUAGAAAGGAAUGUAUCAUAAAUUUUAGCGAAUUAUGUCCGAUAUUUCAUUAUAAAAUCUCAAAUUUCACAACACAAAAUUUGAAAAUAUCCUCAUCUUUCUCAUGAAUAAUCAAUUAUACAGAGUUAAUACGAAUAUAAAGGAUAUAAAAAGGAUCCAAAUAACUUGGUAUGUAUUAAGUUACAUUAAGGAGUGAUUUUAUGGGUAAAAGAAUGCAAAUUAUACAUGCAUUCUCAAAAUUACACAAAAAAUAUUCUUGUUCUUUAUAAAAUAUCGUUAACAUGAUAUGUGUUAAUAACACAAUCUGAUCUUAUAAUUUGUUCAUUGAGUAGUUCUUGUUACAGUUAAGGGUAAAUUCUAGAAUCUUUUAAUUCUUUGUUUUGAAAUUAUGAAUAUAAAGCUGAAUGUUUUGAAUAGAAGACAAUAAGAAUGCUCUAUAUUAAUUAACCAUACCAAAUCAUCUGAUGCCCUCAAUCAAAAUUUUCACGUUCCUGUGUCUAUCAAUCACAUUCUCACCGAUUAAAAA